CUUUCCUAGGAAAUUUUAUUCUGAUCGAGAGGUUCACAAAGCUCUGCUACUGUAAUACUGUACAUCUCUUUCCAUGGAGUUCUUCUACAUGUUCCUCUUCUUCCCCCUUGCCCUUCUCUAUUUACUCAGCCCUUUUUUCUUUAGAAAAUUUCAGAAACUCCCUCCAACCCCUUUCAUCUCCUUACCAAUCAUAGGCCACCUCUAUCUCCUCAAGAAACCGCUCCACCGAACCCUAGCCAAGAUAUCAACCAAACACGGCCCGAUCCUCCUACUCCACUUCGGUUCUCGCCCUGUCCUCCUCGUGUCCUCACCCUCAGCUGCCGAAGAAUGUUUCACGACCAACGACAUCGCGUUCGCCAACCGUCCAAGAUUGCUGGCCGGGAAACACCUCGGCUACAACUACACGAGCCUCGUCUGGGCGUCCUACGGUGCCCACUGGCGCAACCUGAGACGCAUAGCGUCCCUGGAAAUCCUGUCCAGCCACCGCAUCCAAACGUUUGCUGACAUACGGAGAAACGAGGUUCGUCUGCUCGUUAAGCGCCUCCAGAGGGGCACAAGCGAGGACGGGCACAACAUAGUUGACAUGAAAUCGGCCUUCUUUGAGACGAUGCUGAACGUUAUGAUGAGAAUGAUCAGUGGAAAACGGUACUACGACAAUGAUCAGUCGGGCAACUUGGAGGAGAGAAGAAGGUUCAAGGAGAUAGUGACGGAGACUUUCCAGCUGAGUGGCGCUACGAAUGCUGGGGAUUUUCUGCCGGUGUUGAGGUGGAUUGGUGUGGAUAAAUUGGAGAAGAAGCUGAAGACGUUGAAGGAGAAGAGGGACAGUUUCAUGCAAGACUUAAUUGAUGAGCACAGGAAAUCGAUCAGGGGUUGUGAAGGGCAGAGGAUUCAGACGCUGAUUGAUGUUCUUUUGUCGCUCCAAGAGACUGAUCCUGAGUGCUAUACAGAUGAAGUGAUUAGAGGCAUGAUGCAGGUGAUGUUAUCAGCAGGGACAGACACUUCAGUAGCAACAAUGGAGUGGGCAAUGUCGCUUCUUCUGAACAAUCCAGAGGCUCUAUUCCAGGCACAAAAUGAAAUUGACGAUAGAAUUGGGUAUUCCAGACUAGUCGACGACUCCGACCUUCCUCAUCUACCCUAUUUCCAUGGAAUCAUAAACGAAACGCUUCGUAUGUACCCGCCCGCCCCCAUGCUCGUUCCACAUGAGUCGUCAAGUGAGUGCAUGGUUGGGGGAUACCGAGUCCCUGGAGGGACGAUGCUGCUACUCAACUUAUGGGCCAUACAAAAUGAUCCUGAAUUGUGGGACGAGCCGGAAACGUUCAAGCCCGAAAGGUUUAUCAACCUUGAAGGGCAAAGAGACGGAUUUGUCUUGAUGCCAUUUGGCUAUGGAAGGAGACGAUGCCCGGGAGAGAAUUUGGCAAUGCACGUCGUUGGCUUGGCCUUGGCAUCGCUCAUUCAAUGCUUUGAGUGGACGAGAGUUGAUCCAAGGAUGGUGGAUAUGAGCGAAGGUCCGGGGCUUACAAUGCCCAAGGCUCACCUGCUCGUGGCAAAAUGUAAGCCACGUACGAAGAUGGAGAAAUUGAUUGCGUUGCUUUGAUCUUUUCUUUUCGGAAAACGGUGUGGGGGUUGGGGAAUCUGGAUUUGAACCCAGACUUCUUCUGUAGUUAUUUCCUAAUAUAGCUCAUACCCUUACCCUGAAAUGAUGUCUGAACUUUGAUUCUACUCCAAACUUAUAUAAUUUAAAUAGCAAUGUUACUUGAUACUAA